GUCCAUAAAAAUAUACAUUUUAUCCAUUAACCGUUAAACCUCCAGCAAAAACCCCCUCUUACUCUUUGGAACACAGACAAUGCUCUCAGUGCCCACAAAUGGCGGUUUCAGCUAAUACCUCUCAAAUUCCUCACAGCCAACACCUCCCAAAUCCUCAGUUCCCCAAAACCCACAAGCUCGAAACCCUAAGCUUCUCCACCAAGCUCCAAAGUCCCCAUAUUUCUUCUAGAAAAACCCAAGAAAUCACUGUCUGCAGCACCUCCUCCAUCACCACCACCAACACCCAGAACCCCAACUCCGACCUAAACGAGCUCUGCCGCCAUGGGAACCUCGAGAAAGCUCUGAAGCUCUUGGACUCUAUGCAGGAGGUUCAGGUUAAGGUGGAAGAAGAUGCUUAUGUUGCUUUGGUUAGGCUAUGCGAGUGGAAGAGAACACACGAGGAUGGGGCUCGUGUGUACAAGUGCAUAUCGAAUUCGAUGACCCUUUUGAGCGUCAGGCUUGGUAAUGCGUUGUUGAGCAUGUUUGUGAGGUUUGGCAAUUUGGUUGAUGCUUGGUAUGUGUUUGGGAGAAUGGGUGAGAGGGAUGUGUUUUCUUGGAAUGUUUUGGUUGGUGGGUAUGCGAAAGCCGGGUUUUUCGAUGAGGCUUUGAACUUGUAUCAUAGAAUGUUGUGGGUUGGGAUUGUGCCUGAUGUGUAUACAUUUCCUUGUGUUCUUAGAACAUGUGGGGGAGUGCCGGACUUGGCGAGAGGGAGGGAGAUUCAUGUGCAUGUGAUUCGAUUUGGGUUUGAAUCCGAUGUUGAUAUUGUGAAUGCUUUGAUUACAAUGUAUGUGAAAUGUGGGGUGGUUGGUAGUGCACGGGUGCUGUUUGAUAGAAUGCCUAGGAGAGACAGGAUUUCGUGGAAUGCAAUGAUUUCGGGGUAUUUUGAGAAUGGGGAGUAUUUGGAAGGACUGAGAUUGUUUCUCAUGAUGCGGGAGUUUUCAGUUGAUCCGGAUUUGAUGACCGUGACUAGCUUGUUAUCUGCUUGCGAGGUUCUUGGUGAUGACAAGUUAGGGAGGGAAAUACAUGGUUAUGUUUUGAAAACAGAGUUGGUGGACGAUGUUUCGGUGUGUAGUUCUUUGAUUCAGAUGUAUUCAGUUGUUGGGGAUUUGGGGGAAGCGGAGAAAGUAUUUUCCAGGAUGGAAGAUAAAGAUGUGGUGUUAUGGACAUCGAUGAUUUCGGGUUAUGUGAAUAACGCACUGCCUGAGAAGGCUCUGGAAACCUACAAAGUGAUGGAGCAGGAGGGUAUUUUGCCAGAUGAAAUAACUAUAGCCAGUGUUAUAUCUGCUUGUGCUUGUUUAGGGAACUUAGAUAUGGGUAUCAAGCUUCAUGAGCUUGCUGACAGGACUGGGCUCAUAUCGUAUGUGAUAGUUGCUAAUACUCUCAUUGAUAUGUAUUCUAAGUGUAAAUGCAUUGACAAAGCAUUGGAAGUGUUCCACCAGAUCCCAGGAAAGAAUGUCAUAUCUUGGACUUCAGUCAUACUCGGCCUUCGGAUAAACAAUCGGUGCUUUGAGGCUUUAAUUUUCUUUCGGCAAAUGAAACUCAGGUUAAAACCAAAUUCUAUUACCUUGGUUUCCGUCCUAGCUGCUUGUGCUAGAAUAGGAGCUCUGAUGUGUGGAAAGGAGAUUCAUGCUCAUGCACUAAGGAGUGGUGUAGCAUUUGAUGGUUUUUUACCCAAUGCACUUCUUGACAUGUAUGUAAGGUGUGGAAGGAUGGGAUCCGCAUGGAACCAGUUCAACCAUAACAAGAACGAUGUCACUGCAUGGAAUAUCAUACUAACUGGGUAUGCCCAGAGGGGGCAAGGAAGGAAUGCCAUUGAGCUAUUCCACACAAUGGCUGAGUCAAGGGUAGACCCAGAUGAGAUCACAUUUAUGGCGCUACUAUGUGCUUGUAGCAGGUCUGGUAUGGUUAGUGAAGGUUUGGAGUAUUUCAUUAGCAUGACACUUAAUUAUGGCAUUACACCUAAUCUGAAACACUAUGCCUGCAUUGUCGAUCUACUUGGCCGCGCUGGGCAAUUGGCUGAAGCUCGUGAGUUUAUACAGAAGAUGCCUAUAAAUCCAGAUGCAGCUAUCUGGGGAGCCUUGUUAAAUGCUUGCGUGAUCCACAGGCAGGUUGAACUUGGUGAACUUGCAGCCCAGAAAAUAUUUGAAUUGGAUGCCCAAAGUGUAGGGUAUUACAUACUUAUCUGUAACCUUUAUGCAGACAGUGGUAUGUGGGAAGAAGUUGCAGUGGUAAGAAACAUGAUGAGGGAGAGGGGGCUAACUGUAGAUCCCGGGUGCAGUUGGGUUGAGGUAAAGGGAAAAGUUCAUGCUUUCCUAAGUGGCGAUAACUUCCACCCUCAAAUAGAGGAACUUAAUGCAGUUUUGGAGGGAUUUUAUGAGAAAAUGAGAUCAUUGGCUUUCACAGAGCCAGAAAGUAGGCUUAAAGAUGAAGUUGAAGCUUCAAAAGCUGAGAUCUUUUGUGGACACAGUGAGAGACUAGCAGUUGCAUUUGGCCUCAUUAAUACAGCCCCGGGGACGCCUAUAUGGGUGACAAAGAAUCUUUAUAUGUGCCAAAGCUGUCACAGUACUGUCAAAUUUAUCUCUAAGGUUGUGCGCCGGGAGAUUUGUGUAAGGGAUACUGAAAAAUUCCACCAUUUUAAGGAUGGCUUCUGUACUUGUGGGGAUGAAGGUUAUUGGGGAAAGCCAGAUAAGUGAGAUGUUAAACACAUGUUGAGUAGAAUUCAGACAUGACAACCUCCAGGUCAUACUCAACAACUAGCAGUGCGGGCCUCUGGAUCAUUGAGAACCCCUUGAUUUUAAAGUCUAUAAAGUGCUAAGCAGAGAUCAGAGAAGCAUGGAAAUUGGGAUAAAAAGAUGGUGUUCAAUUGAGAUCUCAGUUUAGGAGGAACGGCCAUUAUUAUAGUGCAGUAGAAAAGAUGAUUGGAUUGUGGGCUCUUCAAAGGAAAUUUUGGUAUUACCUCAGGGCAUUGUUAUCUUACGACAGUUGUUAGUAUAGUGUAGUCUUGUUCUCUACUUGUGAUAUACAUAAUUCCCUGGAAACUUGAAAAGGGGGUGAUUAAUUAAAAACAAAUAUGGUACCAUGUUGAA